GAGGGGCUUGGCUUGUUGAGCGCGCGCUGUGAAGAAAACUGUUUGAAAGAAAAAAUGGCGGAAAAACAUUCGGCUGUGGGACAUGACGGUUGCGAAAGUGUCACCGUCGAUACUCAGAAUGAGAUCAACUCGGAGAAACAGACAAAGAAAAGAUGCCAAUCCACAAGCCCCAGCACAGCGCCCCCAAACAAAUCUCCCCGUACCUCCGUAUCACCCAGCAGACAGAAAACAGAUGCAGGGGACCAACUAGCGAUGCAGACAGAAAACACAGAGGAACCUUCAUGUCCAACUUUCAGCCCCAGUGCACGGAGGAAAUCCUGGAGGAGAGCUACUAUAACCCGACGCUCACUCCCUGCCCUUCCCAAUCCAUAUCAGGUGUUGAGCAGGAGCAUCAGUGCAUCUUUACCACAGCAAGAGAGGCUUGAGAAAUUGAUGGAAGCUUCAAUGAGGCUGGUAAUAGAAAGAACUCAAGAUUCUAUACAGUCGGUGCCGAACACCUCACUGGAGUCUUUUCAAAAACAAGUUGAGCACAUGCAGAAAGAGUGGGGUUGUUUGGCCAAAAGCAUACGCAAUGAGCACCAGGGUCAUCAAUUCCCUGCUGGAGCAGCCAGUUCUAGUGACCCAGCAGUGCAAAGAGCCAUGGAAAAAGUCCAGAAAGCCCUCAACAGGCUCCAGGCUGAAAGUGAAUCUUGGGAGGCACUGUUGAACAAACACCGGAGCAAAGCAAAGGAAUUGGAAAGGAAAGUGGAGCAGGGCCAGGAGGGAGGUGUAUCAUUAGACACUACAUCUGUGGCCCAGUCGUCCCAGUACCAUUUCUUACAGAGUAAACCUGACUACCACGGUCUCCUCUGUCGACAACAGCCCAUGCUUCACACUAUGGCAACGAUUAUGGACACACAGACUAAGAUGGUUAGAAAGCUUCUGUCCAUCAAGGAGCAGUCACAGUUGCUAGUGAAAGAGACCAGUGGCCGACUGGCCGCAGAAGCAGGAUUCCAGGAUCUUUCCCCUGACCCCAUCAAGAACCUCCUGGCAGCACCUUUAUCCUCCGCAACUACAUAGUCACUCAGGCAUGAGGCAAGCACAAGCAAUCAAUCAUCUGAUGGACCAUGACUCCAUAUGACUUGUAUAUGAAGCUCAUAUAUGGUUAUUUUCUGGUAAUUUUGCUGUUAAUGUGAUUUGGGAAAAUAUAAUGUCUUUACUCCGCCUUUGUUGUCUCUUGUUAUUGGAUAAAGUAAUGUGUUCUGUGUCAAAUAAAAUCACUUCCAUCAGCAGCAGGACUGGUGGUAGAGGUAGUCCAUAUGUUUGACCAGCAGGUGGCAGUGGCUGGCUAUACAAUAUUAUGAAAGGCUUGGUAAAUUCCCAGAGUGGAUUUUUCUGUUAGGCCUUAAUUAAGUAUUCUUACCUGUAAAACCUGGAACUGUCAAGACUGCACUGUCAGGAAUUAAGAGGAAAGCAGCUGUUUAAGAAAACAGUGAGAACUUUAUGCAAAAUUAGGAUAUUGGUUGGUCAUACAAUAAACGAGCGUUUGGAAACUAAACUGAAUUUGAUUUAAAAAAAAAAUAGUUUAAAAUUAAGUCAUUGGUGGCAUUUUAAGUGGUCUGCUUACCAUUGUUUUAUUAAUCUGAAAAGCAGCAAUGUGAAGAGUAGCUGAACCAUGCUGGUGUAUAUAGUGUCAUUUUCAAAAAAGCAUCAUGAAUCCUGUGAAGACAUGUGCCACUUUUUCCAAUUAAAUUUGACUUGUGCAACAGUAAAGCAUUAAAUAUAAAGAUCACUGAAUACAGAUGGAUUAUGCUCUACAGUUUACCUAUAGUCUAUUUACAGUCCUUUUAACAUGCUCAUCCUCAAGCAUUUACUCUCUUUUUGGUGCUGCAUCUAUUUCACUUCAUCAGUGUCCCCUGACCAUUCAGGAGGAGGCCCCUCCCCCCACAGUGACUCACCCCCAUCUCUUGCAUUUGGCUGGGUCACUGAUGCAGAACGAAGCUUUGACAUUGUACCAGUCAGUCAAAGCUUUGUUCGCUAUCACUCCCUAUCUCCUGGACCCAUUCACUCAUU